UAUUAUGUCAAUGGUGAUGAGUAACUAUAUAGAGCAUGCGAUGCAUGUUAAACACUGUGAGAGGACACUCAAUUCCCGGUCGACCGUACUACUGCGAAGAAAUUAUUAACGUUGUUUUUACUCCGACCAGAAACAGUUUUUACAGACAAAACAGUUGCUGAUUAAGCCAUGUCAAGUACUACAAAAGAAGCUCAGCUAUCUGGGGAAGAUUCAGUUGAUAUGGCUGACACUGAGGAGAUUGAUGUCGUCUCCAUGGAUACCAAGUCAGGUGAUGAGGUCAAAGUUGAAGUCACUACUCCCGACCGUACCUCUCCCAUCCCCCUGGCCGAGCCCCCAGGGGAGCCGGCCACACCCCAGGACACAGACCCACAGUGUUACUGUGAUCAACCCAAGGCGGGACUGAUGUUGAAAUGUGACAUGUGUAAGAGGAUGUUUCACAUGGUUUGUCUCAAGACGGGUAAUCCAAGCAUCUUAGAUGGUGAUAUCUUCUAUACACUGAGAUGUGAAGGAUGCAGUCACACGCAUGAAGAAGUAGUGACUAGGAUGAAGCUCACAUGGCAGCAGGUUGUUAUCUUGGCACUGUAUAAUCUGAGUCUCAAGAAAAGUGGAAGAAAAGGAUUUUUCCGCUGGAAAGAGGACAUCUGUGAAUUUAUUUCCCAACAUUGGACAUUGAUAUUUGGCAACAGUAAAGCCAAGACGCAGACGUGGCACGGCACAGUCGCUGGCGUCCUCUCCGUCAGUAACAAGACCCUCUUCAAGUCUGGGGUGACCGAGUUUGGAGAGGCCGGCUGGUGGGCAUUGAUGGAGACGAAACCCCCUGAGCUGAGACCUGAGAUUCCUGCUGGUUUCGGCAAGCAGUUUGGAGGAGGUAGGAAGGCUAAGGUGCCAUUUGAACCUACCAUUAAAGUGGAGGGGUUGAGGAACAGGAAGAGGGGCACGUCGGUGGAGUCUGCGAUUGAGUUGAAAGAGAAGCGAUCCAGAACACAGGAAGCUAAAGACAUCCGCAAGGCCAAGCAGGCAACUGCAAGUGAAGAACAAAUCAAGAAAGUAAAGCCUCAACGAGAGAUUGACCUGGAUGAUAGUAGUAUGGACAGCUUUGGCAGUGAGAGUUUUGGUCUACCUCCAUCCGUUCCCGAUUCACCGUCUGUCCUGAGCCUGUUGGGAGGCGAUAACAGCUCUGACUUUCUUCUUUCUAACCUCCUCAACGAGAGUGAUCUUACUCCAGCCGAGACUAUCCCUAGCGCACUGAUGGCCGGCGACGAAGAGGAUUUCGUUCCUCCAUCAAAAGGCAUCCCUCUCUUUAGGAUUCCGACCCCAGUCCUUGGGAGCCAGUGUAGCAACAGCUCCUCGUGUCAUGAGAAAGAGGGCGACAACGAGAAGGAGAGUGCUAAAACUGUAAUGGGUGACACCAGGGCGGAAACGGUUACAAAGGUCAUGACCCGCAGGUCAAAGGUUAUUGAGGCCGUUGCGGAUGAUAAGCCAGAGGAAGGACCAAAAUUUUUACCAAUGAGCGUUUACGAAGAGAAGCAGUUACUGAGAGUGAUCGAAGCCUGCCCUCAAGCUGUCGAUAAGGAUCCAGUCGCAAGGCGACUCAGGCGGAAACUUCUUGUGCGGCAGGAGAAACGAGAGCGAGGGCUUCCUCUGUUUGACCUGGAUGCAACCAUGCAGCAAAUUCUCCAGAAGGUCACAGGAAUAAGGUCAUCAGAGGUCUCUGACCUCAUUCUUAGUCAGAGCCCCCUACGACACCUCAGUCCGUCCAAGGUGUCCUCAAGUAUGGACAGUGGAGACUAUAGGAUUCUAGACCGAUUUCAGAUGCCCAAUAUCUCCUUGCGGCCCCAAAAGCGCCACCAUACAACUUUCCGCGCCAGGCUGGUGGGAUGUGACGAGAAAGCUAUGUUCCAGAGUAUUAUUUCACCCUACACUUCAAGAGUACUUAAGCCCUUCAUCAGACGAGAUUACGAAUCCCAACCACUGAAGCUACGACUCAUGAAAGAGAUAACCCAUCACCCUAGGCACCAGAGUGACCCCGAGUUCCUCCCCAGACCCCUAGCAUCCAUCGACUACUGCUACCUCCGACCCCAACACAUUCCAGCAGUUAAUGGUCUGUGUAGAGAGUUCUUCUGGCCGGGAAUCGAUCUAUCUGAAUGCCUUCAGUACCCCGACUUUAGUGUGGUGGUACUCUAUCGUAAGGUAGUUAUUGGAUUUGGAUUCAUGGUGCCAGACAUCAAGUUCAACGAGGCCUACAUAUCAUUCUUGUUUGUUCAUCCAGAGUGGAGAGAUGCUGGGAUUGGGACGUUCAUGGUGUAUCAUCUCAUACAGACCUGUAUGGGGAAGGACGUUACCCUCCAUGUAUCAGCGACAAACUCAGCCAUGCUGCUCUAUCAGAAGUUUGGUUUUAAACCAGAGGAGUUUGUGUUGGAUUUCUAUGAGAAGUACUACCCACAGGAGAGUAAAGAAUGUAGACAUGCUUUCUUCUUGAGGCUACGCCGGUAGUGAACAGUCUUAGAACCAUUGUAAAACUGAACAUUCUUAUAAUCAACUUUUCGUGACACGACUGUUAGUCCUACAAAAAUAUAGCACAAAUUUCUUCAUUAGCAGUGAUCAGUCUUUGCAAAUUUCUUCAGUAAUGAUCAGUCUUCUGACCAUUGCAAAACUGGACAUUUUAUAACAAAUGUUUUGUCAAAUAACUGUUUUGUGGCCGACAUGUUACAGCACAAAACUCUUCAGUAGUAGUCAAUCUUCUGACCAUUGCAAAACUGGAAAAAAAAAAUUUAUAAACUUUUCGUCACACAACUAUUUUCAGGCCGACAUGUUACAGUGCAAAUCUCUUCAGUAGUGAUCAGUCUCGAGACCAUUACAAAACUGGACAUUUUAUAAUAAAAGUUUCAUCACACAACUGUGUUGAGGCCGACAUGUUACAGCACAAAACUCUUCAGUAGUAGUCAGUUUUUUGACCAUUGCAAAACUGCACAUUUUUUACAAUCAACUUUACGUCACACAACUCUUUUGAGGCCGACAUGUAACAGCGCAAAUCUCUUCAGUAGUGAUCAGUCUUGAGACCAUUAAAAAACUGGACCAUUUAAAAUAAACUUUUUGUCACACAACUGUGUUGAGGCCUACAUGUUACAGCGCAAAUCUCGUUGGGAUGUUAUUGGUAGAAAGACAACAGUAAAGAAAAAACUGUGCUAGUUAUGUUGAUGAGGACAUACAUCAUACAGACGCACAUUGGUAGCAAGCUACAUGUACACACAUAAACACAGGCAUAAAUCUUCUUAGAA